AUGUCAUUACCAGCUUCAUUUGACUUAACUCCAGAAGACGCUAAAUUGUUAUUAGCUGCCAACGUCCACUUGGGUGCUAAGAACGUUCAAGUUCACAACAAACCAUAUGUUUACAAAACCAGACCAGAUGGUAUGAACAUCAUCAACAUUGGUAAAACUUGGGAAAAAAUUGUUUUGGCUGCCAGAAUCAUUGCUGCCGUUCCAAACGCUUCUGAUGUUGCUGUUUGUUCUUCAAGAACUUUUGGUCAAAGAGCUGUUUUGAAAUUUGCUGCUCACACUGGUGCUACUGCCAUUGCUGGUAGAUUCACUCCAGGUAACUUUACCAAUUAUAUCACUCGUUCUUUCAAAGAACCAAGAUUAGUUAUUGUUACUGACCCAAGAACCGAUGCUCAAGCCAUCAAAGAAUCUUCUUAUGUUAACAUUCCAGUUAUUGCUUUGACUGACAUGGACUCUCCAUCUGAAUACGUUGAUGUUGCCAUUCCAUGUAACAACAAAGGUAAACACUCUAUUGGUUUAAUCUGGUGGUUAAUUGCCAGAGAAGUCUUGAGAUUAAGAGGUAUUAUUCCAGACAGAACUACCGAAUGGUCAGUUAUGCCAGAUUUGUACUUCUACAGAGACCCAGAAGAAGUUGAACAAAAUGCUGCUGAAGAAGCUAAGACUGAAGAAGUUGAAGAAGCCCCAGUUGCUGAAGCUGAAACUGAAUGGACUGGUGAAACUGAAGAUGUUGAUUGGGCUGAUUCUGGUGCUACCCCAGCUGCUGAAGAUGCUGCUGCUUCCAACUGGUAA